AUGAAGACCACUGCCAUAAUGUUCGUAACAUUGGCAACGCUGUUGCUGAUCCAAACGGCGCCGUUAACGGAAGCGGCGUGCGUAGUAACGGAGCUAACGCCGUGCCUGACGGCGAUAACCACCGGAGGGAAACCGUCUGCGGCAUGCUGCAGUAAGCUGAAGGAGCAGCAGCCAUGCCUUUGCGGUUACGCUAAGAACCCUGCCUUUAGUCAGUAUGUCAAUUCCCCUAAUGCUCGUAAAGUCCUCUCCGCCUGCGGUGUUCCUAUCCCUAAAUGUUGA